GAAUGACAAGUGCUAAUCGUUUACGGAAUACCAGUGUUUGGUCAACAAUGAUCUGGUAUAUUCACCGUUUGAUCGUAGUAAUCACAUUCGCCAGUGUCCGCUGCGAAGGUAACGUUAGUACGUUAUCCUUUACUGAACUUGUAGAAGUCAGAGAGAAAAUACAAACGGCCCCUGCAUCUCAGACGGUGGGACAAGUUUCGAGAACACGGUGUUCAUCAUUGUGCAUUACUAGCAACACGUGCGCGUCGUUUUUCUACGUUGGCGAAACCAAAACAUGUUAUUUGCAUGAUGUUGUAUUUGCAACGGCCGCGGUAUCUACCUCAAGUCCGUCGACAAGAUAUUACAUACCAAGUUGUGAUGAAAGUACGCCGCCGUUUUCGAAUAUCACCCAGCUGUCUCUGAAUGGCGCGCAAAACAUAAGAGACUUUUGUGGUCAACCAGGUGACUUGACUGAAUUAGCCUGUGCUUCAAAUGGACAUGUUAUAAUCUACGCCUGUCGGAAGCCAGCAUCGUGUGCGGAUAUAAGGAACUUUAUAAACCAGCCUGUGGACGGGGAGUACUGGUUAUACCCCCCGGGACUUGUGGGGCAGGACAAAGCCCGCAUCUACUGCCACAACAUGAGAAACACCCCUGACGAAUUCAUCAGUCUACCUGUCCCAAAUAGUGGCGUUUACCCGGAGGAAGAGUUGAUACCAUGUUCUGGCCCUAAGAAGUACAGAGUUAUUGGUAACGGGUGGGGAUCAUGGACGUACAACAAGAUCAAGGUCAACUUAACGACAUUGGCAGUCGAUCAAGCUGAUCGCACCUUUGCAACGUGGAAUGGGACAGCACAAGACUACGGCGUCUCACAGGACUGCUACCACAACCAUGGGUCAACGCGUGGAUGCGGUCCAGUAGGAACCUUCACAAUCGACACCACUGGAACUGGCUUCCGUGUCAACCCUUCUCUCUCUUGGAAGUCAACCGGCUGGAUGCCGUGGACUAUCUUCGCCCGCGAGAACAAUGGUUUGGUUGUGAACUUGAAUUGUGGAGGAUACUGCGGAGGAUGCGUUCCUGAUGGGGUGCUCACGCUUCAGUCAUAUAAACCAGAUGAACCUAGUGUAUCCACGGCAACUCUACUUCCAAUAGUCUACGAGGUGGUCCGAAAGUUACCGUAGUACUGAGAUCAAAGCUACUCACAGGAAACACGAGGAAACAGACUUUGUGGUUUCAAUACAAAACAAACUUUUUCAUGAUGAAGAGAAGGAGCAGAAUAAAUCUUUCACGGCUUACUAGUGACAUAGCCUAUAAUGCUAGAUUUGUUGUGAAUUACAUAUUGUUACAACUCAAACGUUUAUGGAUAUGUCAGAAUACUCAGUUACAUGUAAGCAUCAUCGAGGGUUGUAUGUGUAAACGGUAAACUGAUGAUAUAUUCAUGAACGAACGGCUAAGGGCAAUGGUGGCAUACAUUGAGAGCAUACCCCAAAGAAAAUAAAGCUUUUCCAGAACUGUCAAGUAAUGUUGGCAAAAAUAGAAGGAAGAAUAUAACAAAAAAUGAUGUCAGCUGUUGUGUAAAAUGAUUUUGACUAUCGAUGACUCGUAUUGGUUCAAGUCUUGGGGGGGGUUGGGGUGGGUGGUGGUUUUGUGGUGUGUGAAGCCUAUUUCUUGUGUCCCCCUCCGUGAUAUUGCUGGAAUAUUGCUAAAAGCGGCGUAAAACCAAACUCAGUCAGUCAGUCAAGUCUUGGGAACGGGAAGACAAGUCCAUCACAUAAACAUUAUGUUAACUGCGUGUAAGAACUGCAGUAUGGGGGCGCUGUGAUGAUAUGGCGAAAUAGUAGUUAGUAGUUGCAUAUGUAUUCGUGGGACUGGAGUCUAAACUUACUGUAUUGCAGUAAGAUCCUCCUGGGCGACAAUUAGUUGUGGACCCUUGGCACAAAAUGCCUCCCCUGCGCCACACGCGUACAAUCCCACCGGCAAAGCGCAGUGUGAAGCUUGACUCGUCACUGAAGCCAAUCCUGUUCAGCUGCCUUCUGUUUGAAUAUCUGCGGACCCAUCGUAAACGUUGAGCACGAUACAUUUGCGUCAGGGUAGGCUCUGUGUAUGGUCGCCUAGCUCUGACAUUUGCAGUGUGCAGUCGAUUUCUGUUGCCUAGAUAACGUAACCUGAUCUGUACGUCAUAUAUGUGUAACGUCACACCUUGGGACAUCUUCAACGAUUCCUAAUGGGUCGUGCUGACACUCCACCUCUGAACAAUUGUUGUCACAAAUCUGUUGCCGACAUAACGUAACCUGAUCUGUUCGUCAUAUCUGUGUAACGUCACUCCUUGGGCCAUCUGCAACGGUUGUACAGUCUGACGCCUUCAGCCGAGGACUCAUGAAACUGUAGCAACGGAUUGUCUUUUAUCACGCCUACCAAUGGCACACAAAUUGUGCUGAUCUGUGAGUCGUGGCAUACUCGCUUGAUAAACUUGAAUAAACGUGAUAUUUUGAUGAA